AGAAGAAGACUGAGCACCGUCACCGCGCAUGCGCACACAGUAGUUUUAGCUAAAUGGAGGCUGUUUGAAAACUCUUCUGAACAAGUCAACAAACGCGAUUUUAUUUUAUGUUUACCAGCUAGCUUCGUUCAUCCAGAAAGGGCACUAUGGAAGGAGGGCUGUGGAUUUUGGCGCCCAUUACUUGCAUUGAAAAGCACUAUGAAGGGAUCUUCUAAUGACUGUAGUAUUGAUGGUGUUCAGGAAGAGGAGAAUGAGAGAUCCUCAUCUCCAAAAGGGAAACAGUCCCCAGUAAUGGACCGUAACCCAUCACCACCCCCAGACACAGCCGAUGGAGAGGAGGAUGAAGAUUUGGACGCUAUUGGAGACACUGUUUACAGCAAGCACUGGCUUUUCAGCACCCUGACCCGCCUCAUCCAUAUGGUCACAGAGCAUUCAGAUGAGGACUCUGAAGGUCAGAUGCAGCUCACUGAUGAUGAUGAGGAAGAUCUUUGUAGAGUCUGGGACAUGGCAAUGGAUAAGGAUGUGGCUGGUUUUCUGCAGGAAUUCAAAGCCACAGAUAUCCUCCUCGGAGUUAUAGCCAAAUCUCGUUGUCCACGUCUCACAGAAAUUUGUGUGGGAAUCCUUGGGAACAUUGCUUGUUUUCCUGACACUUGUGUGACUCUCAGCCAAAAUGAAGACUUAGGGGCUGUGCUGUUGCUUCUUUUUGGAGAUACGGAUCCUCCUACUCUCCUGGAAACAAGCAGAUUAGUGCUGACCUGUGUCUCUCAGAAAGAUGUCAGUUCCACAUGGCUUCAACGAAUACAACAGCAGGCGUCUGUGCGCUCAAACCUCCUUUUCAUCAUGUGCAGCUCUACCAACACGGACCUGCUUGAGAAAGUUGGAGAGCUUGUUGACAAACUGUUUGACCUUGACGAGGAGCUGAUGAAGAGUUGGAUCACAGCUCAGCCUAGUGAGGAGGGUGAUGAAGGUGAAAGCCGCCUGGACGUGGCCUCAUGCCUUCUUGAGGCAGCCAAGCAGCUUAGAUUAGAGAGUCCGAAUGGCUUAGAGGUUUACCUUCAUGCCAUCCAACUCCUCACCACCACAGAUGAGGGCAUCCAGAAUUUUGCUGCCCCUGAUGGACCCGGCAAAGCAGUAUGGGACUUUGUCUGUGAGGUUGUGUGUGAGGACCUCUGCCAGCCAAAUGAUCUUCCAGUUGUCCUGCAAGAGCAGAAGGGCAUUUUGGUCCAGGCGUUUGCUGUGCUGCUGGCUCUGUAUAGAUGCCAAGAUCAGUGGAGCAGCAAAAAUGACACAAGUCUGCCUCUUAUUGGGUCCAUUUUGCGGGUGCUUCAGUACCACAGUGAGUGCAAAGACGACACACAAGAUGAGCAGCUCCAGACUCUUGCAGAGAUCACAGCCGAAUUUCUAGCUGACAUCUGCAUUCAGAUUCCUAAGGACACAGUGGCAGAUUUGGUGAAGAAAGGUCACCUGACAGAGAAGACUUGUCUCACAGCUUUGGGCAGUUUACUUUCCAACUUUAAGACUUCAUUUCAGCACCUGCAGGCCAUGUUGUCCGAGGCUGAUCCCCAAUUGGCAGACACGGUGAGGAAACGGUUUCCUGUCUGAGGCACGAAGCAGAUCAGUGUUCAGCACUCAUCCGGACUAUCACGACUGCUCUUUAUAGAGACCUCUUUUUGUUCCCCUCCAAAGAUCCUGCUUCAAGUCAGACUAUUUGGAUUUCCAUUGGAAAGACUCAGUGAGGGUGUCACACCAUCAUGAGUGGCGGACAAUGUAUUGAAUUUUCUUCUUUAUGUGCUUCUGUUUUAAGUUUGUGAUUGUUCUGUAAAUGCUAUUUUUGUAUUAGGUGAUUUAAUUUUUUUUUUAUUAAAAAUGAUCUGUCUUCCAAAAAUCUGAGCUUAUAAGCUUUUAUUGAAUCAUCAUCAUCAUCAUACCUGGAUGCUCAAACUUUGAGAAUCAGCAGAAAAGUGACUAAAAAACAUUUUAAAAAAUCUGUAGUGUAUAAUGAAGGCUGCCUUCUGGCAUCCAAAAUUUAUUAAGAUCUAACAUUUAUUUUCUUUAUUUAAAAAUAUAAAUAAAACACUAGUGCAAUGGAGAUGCUUCUGUAGUGUUCAACAUUUUAAAGUUGUAAAUAUAAGCACUAUGUAUAAAUGGAGCUCUUUUUGAUCAAAUUA